CCUUUGUGCGUGCUGUACACUUUUCGGGCGUCUGCUGGAAAAAGUGAAAAGUUUUAAAGUUGCUUGAGUUUUAUACACAAACAAUACAAUAAUGGCGGAUCUGAACGACUCCAAUGGAAACUACGACGAUGGUGACGAGAUCACCGAGCCAGAGCAGCUGCGCAAACUGUUCAUCGGCGGUCUGGACUACCGCACCACGGACGAUGGCCUUAAAUCGCACUUCGAGAAGUGGGGCAACAUCGUGGACGUGGUGGUGAUGAAGGACCCCAAGACGAAGCGCUCGCGCGGCUUCGGUUUCAUUACCUACUCGCAGUCGUACAUGAUCGACAAUGCCCAGAAUGCGCGCCCGCACAAGAUCGAUGGACGCACCGUGGAGCCCAAGAGGGCUGUGCCGCGCCAGGAGAUCGAUGCCCCGAAUGCCGGGGCCACGGUGAAGAAGCUCUUUGUGGGCGGCCUUCGCGACGAUCACGACGAGGAGUGCCUGCGCGAGUACUUCAAGGACUUUGGCCAGAUCGUUGGCGUGAAUAUCGUUUCCGACAAGGAUACGGGCAAGAAGCGCGGCUUCGCCUUCAUCGAGUUCGAUGACUACGAUCCCGUGGACAAGAUCAUCCUCCAGAAGAACCACACCAUCAAGAACAAGAGCCUCGAUGUGAAGAAGGCGAUUGCCAAGCAGGAUAUGGACCGCCAGGGCGGCGGUGGUGGUGGUGGUGGCGGUGGAGGAGGCGGCGGUGGACAGGGAGGACGAGGCGGUCCUCGGCCUGGCGGACGCGGUGGUCAGGGUGAUCGCGGCCAGUGCGGCGGCGGUGGCGGCUGGGGAGGCCAGGGCAGGCAGAACGGUGGUGGCAACUGGGGCGGAGCCGGCGGCGGCGGUGGCUUCGGCAACAGCAGCGGCAACUUUGGCGGCGGCGGUCAGGGCGGCGCCUCGGGCGGUUGGAACCAGCAGGGCGGAAGCGGCGGCGGCGGUCCGUGGAACAACCAGGGCGGCGGCAACGGCGGCUGGAACAAUGGUGGCGCCAGCGGAGGCGGCUACGGCGGCGGCAGCAGCAACGGCAGCUGGGGCGGCAACGGCGGGGGCGGUGGCUUCGGCAACGAUUACCAGCAGAGCUACGGCGGCGGUCCGCAGCGCAACAACAACUUUGGCAACAGCCGCCCGGCUCCGUACAGCCAAGGAGGCAGUGGAGGAGGCGGCGGAGGUUUCAACAAGGGUAACCAGGGUGGAGGACAAGGCUUUGGCGGCAACAACUACAACACCGGAGGCGGCGGCGGCCAGGGUGGAAACAUGGGCGGCGGCAAUAGACGUUACUAGACAAGGUAAACACACAUAGACAGAGAGAGAGAGGGAGUCAGUUCAAGCUAGACGACUAUCAGGCAGAGUCUAGGCAGGCAGAUGCAGAGGCACAAGCACAAUCACUAUCACAGUCUCAGGCAGGCAAUCAGUAGGCAGACAAGAUCAGGACCAAGAAAUCCAGAUCCAGAACCAGAAACCAGGCCGAGUGCAAGUGAAAGCUAUCGGCUUUCUGCUGGCCAAAACCAAAAUCUACUUGCCAGAAACAGCAACAAGCUAAUAAACAGUGAAACAGCCAAAAGCGAAACGAACCGACGCUGCUAUCUCUCUUUUGUAACCAUUAAUUCGCUGAUCAAUUCAUGUUUAGGUUGUUAAGAACCCUGAACGCUUAGUUUUAACUAUAUUAACAAAACAAACAAACUAAAAGAAACGAAACGAAAAGAAAGAAACCAACAAACAAAAUAUAAAUUAAACAAUAAUUUUAUUUUAUAAAAUUGACUACCAACAGAAAAUCAAUUGAUCGACGGAUUCUCUUUGAAGAACCCAGUUGUUAUAAGGGCGUUUAUAAGGUAGAGGUACCUUGAACUUUAUUCAUGUCGGGAUGUAGAUGUAUUUUAUUGAUUGAUUUUAUUUUUUAGCGAUCCAGCGAAAUGUAAGAAAUCAAAUAGAACCAUAUUUUGUAAUGACUUUUUUGUACAUCUAAGAACUUUUACACAUACUAUGAUUUAUUGCAAAGAAGAAGAUCCUAAUUCCUGAAAGGCGAACGCCACGCAGAAAUGUGUACACGCUGUGUCCUAGCAAUCGAAAUCCAUAUAUACGAAACAUACCACUCUGUUAGCCCCUAAGAAGUAGAUGCUACGCUAAGUCAGAAAAACAAAAACCACUGAAAACAUACUUACAAAUGUUCUGUAAUUAGAGUUCGUUUCGAGAGAAACGCCAGCGACGAGAUACAAACAAGCAAAAUAAAGUCCUAACCAAUGUUACCCACCCGAA